AUGUCUUCGUAUACUAAAGAACAGGAGUCUAUCGUUUUAAGGGUUUUAUCCUACAAACCUCACCAAUUUUAUGAAAUUCUAUCUGUUGAAAAAACAGCAAGUGAAGGCGACAUCAAGAAAUCAUAUAGAAAAUUAGCCAUCAAAUGUCAUCCUGAUAAAAACCCACAUCCAAGAUCUUCAGAAGCAUUCAAAUCAUUAAAUAAAGCAUGGGAAGUUUUAGGUGAUCCACAGAAAAAGAGGAUUUUUGACCAAACUGGGGCAGACCCAACAUCAAGAAUGGGAGCCGCAGGUGGAGGUGGACCAAGUGGUUUCAGUAGUAGUCCAUUUGGUGGUAGAACAGGAUUUGCCAGUGCUGGUGGUGGACGUAAUCCAUUUGAAGAUGAACUAUUUAAUAUGUUCUUUGGUGGGGGAGGUGCCCAUGGCCCAACAUUUACUUUCGGUGGUAAUGGGUUUUCUUUCCAAAGUUUUGGAGGACAAAAUGAUCCAUUUAUGAGACAUAGAAGAACAACAAGAAGACCACGAGCACAAUCUCCUAAUAGGGCUACACAAGAGGAAGAACAACCUUCAUUGCUUGAGGGUUUGAAAGGAUUAUUACCAAUAUUAUUGUUAUUGAUUGUGCCUGUAUUAUCUGCCCUUUUCUCGAGUGACACAUCCCCAGAAUAUUCAUUUGUACCAAGUCAUGAAUAUAACAUACAGCGUAACACUCCAAAGCAUAAUAUACCAUUCUAUGUCAAUGAAAAAUUCGAACAAAAGCAUGGCUCAAAAAGCAAAAGACAAUUGCGUAACUAUGAUGCUAAAGUGGAGAACAUUUUCAUAUCCGAUAAGAGAGCUAAGUGCUCGAGAGAACAAGUUCACAAGGAUCAAUUAAUAGAAGACGCGUACGGCUGGUUCAGUGUAGAUGAAGCUAAAUUGAGAAAAGCUGAAAACUACCCUACACCAAACUGUGAUGUGUUGAAAGCUUUAAAUUUGAUUUAG